AUGACCAAAACUUUCACCACCGCUGGUCAUCCACCAACUGCUUGGACCCGCAGCAAGGUAUAUGGCAGCGAACAGCUCCUCGCCAGCUCCUGUUCAGAGGAGUACGCCGACAAAAAGCCCAACACGACUCUGAUCCAAAGCUCAUUCCCCAGAAACUUCUUCAGUACCACCCACAUCUCCGCAUCACAAAAUGGGCUCCUCUGGGCCGUGGUCUAUGCCUACAACCACCAUCACAAACUCAAGCUCCGGCCCGAAGAUGUAUGGUUUGCCAUCCUAGUGCAGAUCGGCUUCUACAUCAGCUCGCAUGCCGAGCAACUACGACAUUUGUUUGUCUCCCACGACGGUACAAGAGAGCUGCAUAUCGACGAAUUUGGGGUGAUCGACUUCACCGAUUUCGGAAAACUGGCGUUGGCGAUGACGCGGCUUAUACAACAGGAGGUGAUCGACCCAGAGCUGCGGAACUGGGCCAUGCCGGAUUUCAGCACCACGACUGCUUCGGACACCAUCGUAGCAGCUGUCUUGAUGAUGGGGAGUAUGCAACAGUAUUUCUCUUGUUCGUCUACCUUGGAUUGUAACUGUGGGAUUCCGUCUGUGACUCUGCUUGGCAAGAAAGAGGACUGGGCACUCUUAGCGAGGAAAGUCAACUAUCUAAAGACGCUUGGGGAUGAACCUAGUCGGUUUGCGCAGCUUCUUCAGCCAGUGCUUAAUAACUUCGUGGAGUGUCUCAAUCCCCACAACAGCCGCGAAGUGCAUAGAUUCUGGAGGAGAUGUGUGGUUACAGAACUUGAUGAAGAUGGUCAAUCUUGCCUGAAGGGUUGGAUAACGGUCUUCUGCUUCUGGGACAAAGAUGGGAAGAUGCUGUACCCGGAAGAGAUCCAUGCCCCAUCCUCUCAAGUCUUCCAGGAUGCCGAGGCAGAAUUUAGUAUUUUUCACCCUUUGCUGAGGCGCGUCAGAUUAUGUUCGGUACCAGCGGGCUAUUCUACCAUGCCGGUCACUGUCGAUGACAAUGGGCGUGAGUAUAAAGCUAAGAUGUUGGCGGGGUCCAUCGGCAUCCAAGCCACCUCAAGCGGAGGAAGGCUAGAGUGUCUUGAGGAGCAGCUUGAGGAGUGGCCGAUCAAUGAGACCUUGAGAACCAUCGAUACAGUGUCCGGCCAGCCAACUGCUGGGACUCGCAGGCGUGAACUUAAUACAAUCCAACCGGCGUCUGGGUGGUUGAUGUAUGAAACGAAGUGA